UCAUCGGACAGUGCUUGAUAUAGCACCAUCCGAUUACAACCACAAGGCAUUUGGCAAUGGCAGGAAUUAUCCAAGCGAUCCAACAGCAGCAGCAGCGGCAAGUAGAAGGUGAUAGCCUCCGCUUGCUGCUGGCGGCGCUCGUGGUGGCUUUGGCGGUGUCGACCUACCUGACGUGGUUCUGGGCGCUCACGCGGCGGCUGAACGGCCCCAAGGUGUGGCCAUUUUUUGGCAGCCUUCCGGGUCUCGUCGCCAACCGUGCCCGCAUGCACGACUGGAUCUCCGACAACCUCCGGGCCACCGGCGAAGCUGCCACCUACCAGACCUGCAUCCUGCCGCUGCCUCUCCUUGCUCGCCGUCAGGGGCUGGUGACGGUCACUUGCCACCCCCGGAACUUGGAGCACGUCCUGCGCAGCCGCUUCGAGAACUACCCCAAGGGCCCCCAGAUGCAGGCCGCCUUCCACGACCUGCUCGGCCGCGGCAUCUUCAACUCCGACGGCGAGACGUGGCUCAUCCAGCGCAAGACCGCCGCCCUCGAGUUUACCACCCGCACCCUUCGCCAAGCCAUGGCCCGAUGGACGAACCGCUCCAUUAAGGACCGCCUCUGGCGCAUCCUUGCUGACCGCUGCGGUGACGGGAAAGCCGUCGACCUCCAGGACCUCCUCCUCCGCCUCACCUUCGACAACAUCUGCGGUCUCACCUUUGGCAAGGACCCCGAGACGCUGUCCCCAGGCCUCCCCCACAACGCCUUUACCGCGGCCUUCGACGCUGCCACCGAGGCCACCCUCCAGCGCUUGCUGUUCCCUGGCUUCUUCUGGCGCUUGAAGAAGGCCCUGCGCCUCGGAAGCGAACAGAGGCUGCGGAAGAGCCUCGAGGUAGUCGACCAGCACAUGGCCACGGCCAUCGCGGAGCGCAAGCUAGCCCCCUCCGACGACCUGCUCUCCCGGUUCAUGAAGAAGCGCGACGCCGACGGCAACGCCUUCUCGUCCUCGGUUCUCCAGCGUAUCGCCCUCAAUUUCUUGCUCGCCGGGCGCGACACCUCAUCCGUCGCCCUCAGCUGGUUCUUCUGGACUGUAAUGCGGCGGCCCGACGUGGAGAAGAAGCUUGUGGACGAGAUGACGGCGGUACUGACGGAUACCCGCGGGCCGGACACAGCCACGUGGUUAGCGGAGCCGAUGAGAUUCGACGAGCUGGACCGGCUGGUGCACCUGAAGGCGGCACUGCAGGAGACCCUGCGACUGUACCCGUCAGUGCCGCAGGACACCAAGUACGUGGUCGCCGACGACGUCCUGCCGGACGGGACCGUAGUGCCGGCGGGUUCGACCGUCACCUACUCCAUCUACUCAGUGGGGAGAAUGGAGUCGAUAUGGGGGAAGGACUGCAGAGAGUUCCGUCCAGAGAGGUGGCUGUCGGCCGAGGGGGACCGAUUCGAGCCGGCCAAGGAUCCAUAUCAGUUCGUGGCGUUCAACGGCGGGCCGAGGACGUGCCUGGGGAAGGAUCUGGCCGACCUCCAAAUGAAGUCCAUCGCCUCAGCGGUGCUGCUCCGCUACCGCCUGGAGCUCGUGCCGGGCCACCGGGUGCAGCAGAAGAUGUCCCUCACCCUCUUCAUGAAGAACGGGCUUCGAGUCUACGUGCGACCAAGAAGCCACGGCGACGACGCCCGCCAUCCGUGCCCGUCUCCGGAUCAAGUGAGUGUUUCAUCGACUGCUACCACCACCGCUGUCGCUGCUUAAAGGCGGGAGAGCCGCACGACAACAACGCCAUGUUUCGUCCACGAUGCUACUGGUGAUCAUCGUUCGUCCAUCAAUUUGUUCGUUUGUAUGUGCUUCUAUUGGUCACUACGUUUCUGUUGUCGUAAGGAGUCUCUUUCACGUACUGAAAAGGGAUUAUAUUAUAAGCUUC